CAAGUCGCAAGGAACAUCGACAACAACAUCGGCCAGAUACCUACUCAGAACUUCAAGACACCAUGGCUGAACAACUCAUUCAACGUGGUACUCUUGAGGGCCACAGCGGCUGGGUCACCUCCCUCGCAACCAGCUUGGAGAACCCUAACAUGCUGCUGUCUGCCUCGAGAGACAAGUCACUCAUCAUCUGGAACUUGACCCGCGACGAAUCUGCCUACGGUUACCCAAAGCGAUCCCUCCACGGUCACUCCCACAUCGUCUCUGACUGCGUCAUCUCCUCGGAUGGUGCCUACGCUCUUUCCUCCUCAUGGGAUAAGACUCUGCGACUGUGGGAGCUGUCUACUGGCAACACCACCCGCACCUUCGUCGGCCACACCAACGACGUUCUCUCAGUCUCCUUCUCCGCCGACAACAGACAGAUCGUGUCUGGAUCCCGAGACCGAACGAUCAAGCUCUGGAACACUUUGGGCGAUUGCAAAUUCACCAUCACCGACAAGGGCCACACCGACUGGGUUUCCUGCGUCCGCUUCUCGCCAAACCCGCAAAACCCCGUCAUCGUGAGCGCUGGUUGGGACAAGCUCGUCAAGGUUUGGGAACUCGCAUCUUGCCGCAUCCAGACCGACCACAUCGGCCACACCGGCUACAUCAACACCGUCACCAUCUCCCCCGAUGGAUCCCUGUGCGCUUCUGGUGGCAAGGAUGGUACCACCAUGCUCUGGGACUUGAACGAGUCCAAGCACCUCUAUUCUCUCCAGGCCGGCGAUGAGAUCCACGCUCUCGUCUUCUCCCCCAACCGAUACUGGCUCUGUGCUGCCACCACCUCCUCCAUCACCAUCUUCGACCUUGAGAAGAAGAACAAGGUCGACGAACUCAAGCCCGACUACGUCGAGAAGGGCAAGAAGUCUCAAGAGCCAUACUGCGUCAGCUUGGCGUGGUCCGCUGACGGCCAGACCUUGUUCUCCGGAUAUACCGACAACAAGAUCCGUGCUUGGGGUGUCAUGUCUCGCGCAUAGAUUUAGGUGACGACUUGCAAGGUGAGGGUUGAGUCUUGUUGACCUAAGCACUGGUGGUGUGUUGAAGAAUGGGGGAUGGGGGGCUGGCUAUGGCGUGGAAACUCCGAGGACGAGAUGAAAAAAGGCAAAAAGACAAAACGAUAACUGGCAAAAGUUCAGGGUUGCGUUGAGGUGCCAUCUUUGCAACCUUUUGUGUAACUAAAGCCGUUUGCAUCAUUCGACAAGGGCCGGAGCCGGCGUCAAUUUUGUUGGCAUGCUUAUGCUCUGAUGCUUAGAAAGAUGGCACGUGAAAUGAUCAGAUCAAUGUUCAAUCACAUAACUCUUAAAUGUAGAGAGCCCUUUGGUCAUAUGAAAUCCGUAC